UCCAGGGAGGGAACAAAUCGUGUGUGUCACCUUUUCACGGGAAAAAGUGGAUGUGGAGACCAUAGAUAUGUUUCGACUCCUGUGUUUUGUGGUUGCAUUAGCAGUGGCUACCAAUGCCUACCGCCGCGUGUGUUACCAUUCUAACUGGUCACAGUACAGGACAAACCCAGCUAAGUUCUACCCAGAGAAUAUCAACUCCAGUCUGUGUACUCACGUCAUUUAUGCAUUUGCAAAGCUCAACGGAAAUCACUUGAAGGCAUUCGAAUGGAACGACGAAAGCACACCAUGGUCCAAAGGCAUGUACGAGCGAUUUAAUGCGAUGAAGCAACAGAACCCAAGCGUAAAGACUUUGCUAGCGGUAGGAGGCUGGAACAUGGGAUCCGCACCUUUCACAAGGAUAGCAGCAUCCGAUCAAACUCGCAGGGACUUUGCCACUGAUGCAGUCAAAUUCCUCCGAACACAUGACUUUGACGGCCUUGAUUUCGACUGGGAAUAUCCGGCUAAUAGAGGGAGCCCUCCUGAAGACAAACAAAACUUUGUAUCUCUCGUUAAGACAACACGUGAAAUAUUCGAUACAGACGCACAAACUAGUGGAAAACCCCGUUUGAUUCUCUCAGCAGCUACAGGAGCAGGAAAAUCAAAAAUUGAAACUGCAUACGAUCUUCCCCAGCUCGUGAAGUAUCUGGAUAUGAUCAACCUGAUGACUUACGACCUCCAUGGUUCGUUUGAGAACCACACCGGUCACAACAGUCCACUUAAGGCAGGCCCAAUGGAUACGGGAGAGGACGCCACCCUUAAUGUGGAAUGGGCUGCUCAUGAAUAUGUGAAAAGAGGAACACCGAAAAGUAUGCUUAACAUCGGAAUGCCCUUAUACGGUCGCUCCUUCACAUUGAGUAGCACUAGUAACACAGGUCUGAACGCUCCCAUCCGAGCAGGAGGCACUGCUGGGAGGUAUACCAGAGAGAGUGGCUUCCUUGCAUACUACGAGAUAUGUAAAAUGAUUGCUAAGUCACAGAAAAAUAUGAUACAAGGAGAGGAAGUACCUUACCUCGUAGAUGGUAACCAGUGGGUAGGCUACGACGACAAGGAAAGUCUCCGUAAGAAGGUAGAUUUUGUGAAACAAGAGCAAUAUGGCGGUGUUAUGGUCUGGGAUCUGGCCCUCGACGAUUUCAGUGGAUCAUGUGGAGAAGGCAAAUACCCGCUUUUGAACGCCAUUAAUGACGAGUUGACAAGGGCUUUACCAGUUGCGGCGGUAACCACCCCCGCAACAAACGUUUCCGUCACUACACUUGCACCUGUGGGUCAACCGGCCGUUGGUGUGACAACUGCGUCACCCCAAGGAAACGCCACAGUGACUUCUUCAAAUGUACAACCCAAUUCCGGGACAAACAACUCCUAUCGCCGUGUUUGUUACCAUUCUAAUUGGUCACAGUACAGAAACAACCCAGCUAAGUUCUACCCCGAGAGCAUCAACGCCAGUCUUUGUACCCAUAUCAUCUAUGCUUUUGCAACUCUCAACAACAAUCACCUGAAAGCAUUCGAAUGGAACGACGAGAGCACACCAUGGUCCACAGGCAUGUAUGAACGAUUCAAUGCAAUGAAGAAACAGAACCCAACCGUAAAGACCUUACUAGCUGUAGGAGGGUGGAACCUUGGAUCUGCACCUUUCACAAGAAUAGCAGCCUCUGAUCACACUCGCCGGGAUUUCGCCACCGAUGCAGUCAAAUUUCUCCGAACUCACGACUUUGAUGGACUUGAUUUCGACUGGGAAUAUCCGGCUAAUAGAGGGAGCCCCCCUGAAGACAAACAAAACUUUGUAUCUCUCGUUAAGACAACACGUGAACUAUUCGAUACAGACGCACAAACUAGUGGAAAACCCCGUUUGAUUCUCUCAGCAGCUACAGGAGCAGGAAAAUCAAAAAUUGAAACUGCAUACGAUCUUCCCCAGCUCGUUAAGUAUCUGGAUAUGAUCAACCUGAUGACAUACGACCUCCACGGUUCGUUUGAGAACCACACCGGUCACAACAGUCCACUAAAGGCAGGCCCAAUGGAUACGGGAGAUGACGCCACCUUAAACGUGGAAUGGGCUGCUCGUGAAUAUGUGAGAAGAGGAACACCGAAGAGUAUGCUCAACAUCGGAAUGCCUCUAUACGGUCGCUCCUUCACAUUGAGUAGCACUAGUAACACAGGUCUGAACGCUCCCGUCCGAGGAGGAGGCACUGCUGGGAGGUAUACCGGAGAGAGUGGAUUCCUUGCAUACUACGAGAUUUGUAAAAUGAUUGCUAAGUCACAGAAAAAUAUGAUACAAGGAGAGGAAGUACCAUACCUCGUAGAUGGUAACCAGUGGGUAGGCUACGACGACAAGGAAAGUCUGCGCAAGAAGGUAGAUUUUGUGAAACAAGAGCAAUACGGCGGUGUUAUGGUCUGGGAUCUAGCCCUCGACGAUUUCAGUGGAUCAUGUGGAGAAGGCAAAUACCCGCUUUUGAACGCCAUUAAUGACGAGUUGACAAGGGCUUUACCAGUAGCAGCGGUAACCACCCCCGCGACAAACGUUUCCGUCACUGCAAUUGCACCUGUGGGUCAACCGGGCAUUAAUGUGACAACUGCUUCACCCCAAGCAAACGCCACAGUGACUUCUUCACAGUUACAACCCAAUUCCGGGACAAACAACUCCUAUCGCCGUGUUUGUUACCAUUCUAACUGGUCACAGUACAGAAACAACCCAGCUAAGUUCUACCCCGAGAGCAUCAACGCCAGUCUCUGUACCCAUAUCAUCUAUGCAUUUGCAACUCUCAAUAACAAUCACCUGAAAGCAUUCGAAUGGAACGACGAGAGCACACCAUGGUCCACAGGCAUGUAUGAACGAUUUAAUGCAAUGAAGAAACAGAACCCAACCGUAAAGACUUUACUAGCUGUAGGAGGGUGGAACCUUGGAUCUGCACCUUUCACAAGAAUAGCAGCCUCUGAUCACACUCGCCGGGAUUUCGCCACCGAUGCAGUCAAAUUUCUCCGAACUCACGACUUUGAUGGACUUGAUUUCGACUGGGAAUAUCCGGCUAAUAGAGGGAGCCCCCCUGAAGACAAACAAAACUUUGUAUCUCUCGUUAAGACAACACGUGAACUAUUCGAUACAGACGCACAAACUAGUGGAAAACCCCGUUUGAUUCUCUCAGCAGCUACAGGAGCAGGAAAAUCAAAAAUUGAAACUGCAUACGAUCUUCCCCAGCUCGUGAAGUAUCUGGAUAUGAUCAACCUGAUGACAUACGACCUCCACGGUUCGUUUGAGAACCACACCGGUCACAACAGUCCACUAAAGGCAGGCCCAAUGGAUACGGGAGAUGACGCUACCUUAAACGUGGAAUGGGCUGCUCGUGAAUAUGUGAGAAGAGGAACACCGAAGAGUAUGCUCAACAUCGGAAUGCCUCUAUACGGUCGCUCCUUCACAUUGAGUAGCACUAGUAACACAGGUCUGAACGCUCCCGUCCGAGGAGGAGGCACUGCUGGGAGGUAUACCGGAGAGAGUGGAUUCCUUGCAUACUACGAGAUUUGUAAAAUGAUUGCUAAGUCACAGAAAAAUAUGAUACAAGGAGAGGAAGUACCAUACCUCGUAGAUGGUAACCAGUGGGUUGGCUACGACGACAAGGAAAGUCUCCGUAAGAAGGUAGAUUUUGUGAAACAAGAGCAAUACGGCGGUGUUAUGGUCUGGGAUCUGGCCCUCGACGAUUUCAGUGGAUCAUGUGGAGAAGGCAAAUACCCGCUUUUGAACGCCAUUAAUGACGAGUUGACAAGGGCUUUACCAGUAGCAGCGGUAACCACCCCCGCGACAAACGUUUCCGUCACUGCAAUUGCACCUGUGGGUCAACCGGGCAUUAAUGUGACAACUGCUUCACCCCAAGCAAACGCCACUGUGACUUCUUCACAGUUACAACCCAAUUCCGGGACAAACAACUCCUAUCGCCGUGUUUGUUACCAUUCUAAUUGGUCACAGUACAGAAACAACCCAGCUAAGUUCUACCCCGAGAGCAUCAACGCCAGUCUCUGUACCCAUGUCAUCUAUGCUUUUGCAACUCUCAACAAUAAUCAUCUCAAAGCAUUCGAAUGGAACGACGAGAGCACACCAUGGUCUACGGGCAUGUAUGAACGAUUCAAUGCACUGAAGAAACAGAACCCAACCGUAAAGACUUUACUAGCUGUAGGAGGGUGGAACCUUGGAUCUGCACCUUUCACAAGAAUAGCAGCCUCUGAUCACACUCGCCGGGAUUUCGCCACUGAUGCAGUCAAAUUUCUCCGAACUCACGACUUUGAUGGACUUGAUUUCGACUGGGAAUAUCCGGCUAAUAGAGGGAGCCCUCCUGAAGACAAACAAAACUUUGUAUCUCUCGUUAAGACAACACGUGAACUAUUCGAUACAGACGCACAAACUAGUGGAAAGCCCCGUUUGAUUCUCUCAGCAGCUACAGGAGCAGGCAAGUCAAAAAUCGAAACUGCAUACGAUCUUCCCCAGCUCGUGAAGUAUCUGGAUAUGAUCAACCUGAUGACUUACGACCUCCACGGUUCGUUUGAGAACCACACCGGUCACAACAGUCCACUAAAGGCAGGCCCAAUGGAUACAGGAGAGGACGCCACCCUUAAUGUGGAAUGGGCUGCCCAUGAAUAUGUGAGAAGAGGAACACCGAAGAGUAUGCUCAACAUCGGAAUGCCUCUAUACGGUCGCUCCUUCACAUUGAGUAGCACUAGUAACACAGGUCUGAACGCUCCCGUCCGAGGAGGAGGCACUGCUGGGAGGUAUACCGGAGAGAGUGGAUUUUUGGCAUACUAUGAGAUAUGUAAAAUGAUUGCUAAGUCACAAAAUAUGAUACAAGGAGAGGAAGUACCUUACCUCGUAGAGGGUAACCAGUGGGUUGGCUACGACGACAAGGAAAGUCUGCGUAAGAAGGUUGAUUUUGUAAAACAAGAGCACUAUGGCGGUGUUAUGGUCUGGGAUCUUGCCCUCGAUGAUUUUAGUGGAUCAUGUGGAGAAGGCAAAUACCCACUUUUGAAUGCCAUUAAUGACGAGUUAACAAAACCGAGCAGCCCGGCAACAAACUCUACUGCCACUACACUUACACCUGUGAGCACACAGCCGGCUGUAAGUAAUGGUCCUCCAGUGGCGACAGCUGUGACCAAUACAAACACUACAGCGAUUGCAGCAUCUGUGCCUACUACAUCCGCGGUCACCAACGGAUACCGCCGAGUAUGUUAUCAUGCUAACUGGGCACAGUACAGACAAAAACCUGCUAAAUUUUUCCCAGAGAACAUCAAUUCCAGUCUCUGUACUCAUAUCAUUUAUGCGUUUGCAACUCUCAACAAUAAUCACUUGAAAGCAUUCGAAUGGAACGAUGAGAGUACACCCUGGUCUACAGGCAUGUACGAGAGGUUUAAUGACAUGAAGAAACUGAACCCGACCGUCAAAACUAUGCUAUCGGUCGGAGGCUGGAAACUUGGAUCUAGACCUUUCUCAAGCAUAGCAGCCUCUGAUCGAACUCGUCAGGACUUUGCUACUGAUGCAGUCAAAUUCCUCCGAACACAUGAUUUUGACGGCCUUGAUUUCGACUGGGAGUAUCCGACAUUUAGAGGGAGCCCUCCUCAUGACAAACAAAAUUUUGUCUCCCUCGUUAAGGCAACACGCGAAGCAUUCGACGCUGACGCGCAAGCAAGUGGCAAGCCUCGUUUGAUUCUCUCGGCAGCUACAGCAGCGGGCAAGGACAAAAUUGAAAAGGCGUACGACCUGCCCCAGCUCGUGAAGUAUCUCGAUAUGAUCAACUUAAUGGCAUACGACUUCCAUGGUCCGUUUGAGAACCACACCGGUCACAACAGUCCACUAAAGGCAGGCCCAAUGGAUACUGGAAAUGACGCCACCCUAAAUGUGGAAUGGGCUGCCAAUGAAUAUGUGAGAAGAGGAACACCGAGGAGUAUGCUUAACAUCGGAAUGCCUCUGUAUGCUCGUACCUUCACACUGAGUAACACUAGUAACACUGGCGUGAACGCUCCAAUUCAGGGACCAGGAAACGGUGGGAGGUAUACCAUAACGAGAGGCACCCUGGCAUACUAUGAGGUCUGUAAAUUGAUCAACCAAACACAGAAACACAUAAUACAAGGACAGGAAGUGCCAUACAUCGUCCAGGGCAACCAGUGGAUAGCCUUUGAUGACCAGGAAAGUCUCCGUAAGAAGGUAGAUUUAGUGAAACAAGAGCACUAUGGUGGAAUUAUGGUGUGGGAUCUGGACCUUGACGAUUUCAUGGGAUCAUGCGGAGAAGGCAAAUAUCCGCUUAUGAACGCCAUUAACGAUGAGUUGACAAGGGCCGUCCCAGGAGCGGUGGUAACCAAUCCUGCACCAACAAUUGCUCCUUUGAGCACACAACCGGCUUUUGUAACUAACUCUCCUAAUCCUCUGAUGUCAACUGCUGCACCGCCAGCCCCAUCAAGUCCAGUACCCCAAACUCUUGCACCUCAAACGCCUGCACCUCAAACGCCAGCACCGCAAACGGCAGCACCGCAAACGCCUGCACCGCAGACUCCUGCACCGCAAACUCCAGCACCCCAAACGCCAAAACCCCAGACUCCAGCACCACAAACGCAAUCGCCACAAACUCCUGCACCGCAAACGCCAUCACCGCAAACACCUGCACCGCAAACUCCAGCACCACAAACGCCAUCACCGCAAACUGCUGCACCGCAAACGCCAUCACCGCAAACGCCAUCACCACAAACGCCAGCACCACAAACGCCAGCACCGCAAACUCCUGCACCGCAAACGCCAUCACCGCAAACGGCUGCGCCGCAAACGUCAUCAUCACAAACUCCAGCACCGCAAACUGCUGCACCGCAAACGCCAUCACCGCAAACUCCAGCACCACAAACGCCAGCACCGCAAACUCCUGCACCGCAAACGCCAUCACCGCAAACGGCUGCGCCGCAAACGUCAUCAUCACAAACUCCUGCAUCGCAUACUCCAGCACCGAAAACGCCAGCACCGCAAACGUCUGCACCGCAAACGCCAGCACCGCAAACGUCAGCACCGCAAACGCCAGCACCGCAAACGCCUGCGCCGCAAACACCAGCACCGCAAACGCCAGCGCCACAAACACCGGCCCCCCAAACGCCAGCACCGCAAACGUCAGCACCCCAAACUAACGCCCCAGUGACAUCCGGUCCUAGCGUUCAUCACACAAUAUCUACUACAAAUCACUUCAACUGUGCUUCUCAGGGCACCGGGUUUUACCCCAGUCCCACCGACUGUUCGAAGUACUUCAUAUGUGCCGGUGGCGCUGCAUUUGAAGUUGCAUGUACACCCGGUCUCCAGUUUAAUCCUUCUACACUGUUUUGCGAUACACCAAGCAAUGUACAAUGCAAUGUAAAUCAGGCGUCCACACAGCCGUCCCAAACCUCACAACCAGUUGUAACACUUCAGCCUACCAAUCCGCCGGCAACUAGUUCUCAGUCGACCUCCACGCCAGCACCUACCACAGCAGUACCAACUCAAGCCCAGACGACACAAGGUCACCACCACCACCACCACCACCAACCCAUUCCGCCAGUGAAGUUCUGUGCCGGGAAAUCACUUGGUCUUCACGCCGAUCCCGAUAGCUGUUCCUUUUUCUACGAGUGCGCAGCAGGUUUGGCAUUCCACGAGCGCUGUUCUCCAGGUACCUUGUUCAACCCCAACUCCCUCAACUGUGACUAUCCAUCGCACGUCAACUGUGCGACAUCUGGGAAAUAAACACAACCACAUCGCAAUGUUUCUUUGCCAAAAUUAUUCAUUGUUAUAUUGUUUAUUCAAUAAAAUCUUUGUCAUUAAUAA